AAAUAGGGAGUAUAUAUAGUAUUUUCCUUUUUGUUUUCCCUUGUCCCCGGCAAAUUGCCGCUAACGUGUUUGUUAUAAUGCCUCUGACACCUGCUACACCGCUUCAUUGUUGACUUGAAUGCCCGCCUCCCUCUCUCUCCUAAACUACCGCUCUUACCCACUUCGCCGUCCGAGUUGUGCAGAUGGCCGGAAAAGACCCGCGGCGGUGCGGCAACACUAUCCACCCGGUGGAUGCGGAAUCGCCGCCCUUCCCCGCCGGGACUCCGAUUAAUUACGGGGAUAUCAAGCAUUUCCGGAAAUCGGUUCCCUGGUUGAUUCCUUGUUUCGUUAUUGCAAAUGUUGUCAUGUUCGUGAUCACCAUGUAUGUGAACGACUGCCCUAAGAACUCGAUUUCUUGCAUUGCUCGUUUCCUGGGGAGGUUCUCCUUUCAGCCCUUCAGCGAGAAUCCUCUUCUUGGGCCUUCGUCUGACUCGCUACAGAAGAUGGGUGCAUUGAAUGUGAGUAAAGUGGUCCAUGGACAUCAGGUGUGGCGCCUUAUCACUUGCAUUUGGUUGCAUGGUGGAGUUUUUCAUUUACUGGCCAACAUGUUGAGUCUUUUAGUAAUUGGCAUUCGGCUAGAGCGUGAAUUUGGAUUUGUGCGCAUUGGACUGCUUUAUAUCAUCUCUGGUCUUGGAGGAAGUUUGCUUUCGGCACUUUUUAUUAAGUCCAAUAUAUCAGUUGGUGCUUCUGGUGCUGUUUUCGGAUUAUUGGGGAGCAUGCUUUCUGAGCUGUUCAUUAAUUGGACUAUUUAUGCAAACAAGUUUGCAGUGUUAAUUACCCUGGUGGUCAUCAUUGCUAUCAAUUUAGCUGUGGGAAUUCUCCCACAUGUGGACAACUUUGCUCAUAUUGGAGGGUUUCUAUCUGGAUUUUUGCUUGGUUUUGUGUUUCUAAUGCGCCCCCAAUUUGGAUGGGUUAACCAGAGAUAUGCCUCUGCUGGAUAUACAUCAACACGUAAACGAAAAUUCAAGGUGUAUCAAUUGGUUUUCUGGGUUUCUUCUCUCAUCCUUCUGAUAAUUGGGUUAACCACUGCCAUUGUUAUGCUUCUUCGUGGAGUAAACUUGAAUGACCAUUGUUCUUGGUGCCACUAUAUGAGUUGUGUUCCUACUUCAAAGUGGAGCUGCAACACAGAACCUGUUUCCUGUCUGUCGGAGCAAAUGGCGAACCAGCUUACCUUAACUUGCUCAAACAACAACAGAACCCGAACAUAUCAAUUGCAAAAUCUGAGUACGUCUCAGAUUCAAGGGCUAUGUGGUCAGCUCUGCCGUUGAUACUCCAAAUCUUGUUUAUAAACUGUCGUGUAUUGGUGUUUCUUAUAUCACACUGUCUGUCUGUAAUUGGAUUCAUUGAAAUUGAUAGUUUGCAGAUGCACUUUGAUUUGCUUUAUAAAUAGACAACCAAUCUCCAGUAAAUAUAUUCAUUUUUUUU